CCCAACUGACGUUCUUCAUUUUGGCGUUUCUCGGAAGGUUUCACGAAUUUCUGAAACUUGAGAUAAAAUAAAAUAAAAUCAGCAUCUCCUCGAGGCUAAGCAAGCAGAGAUUUUCUCUGACGAAGAAGCGUGCACAUUCAACCCACGUUUUCGAUUCGCUCCUUUUUCGGUCUAGGGUUUUGGAAUCUUCCCUCUCUGAGGAAUCUGUGUUUGGUUUUGGGGAAAUAGGGUUUGGUAUGGCGCCAUUUGUAUCGAACCGAAGCCACUGCAUCGGUUAGGGUUUUUGGGUUUGGGUUAGGUUUUUAUCUUCCAGAAUUUCAAAUGGAGAGGUCGACGACGACGGAGACAGCGACUUCAGCUGCCGAGAGUACGGCGCCUUUGCUCGGCAAUUCGACUGCGAAUCGAGAUGAUGAUCGGAACCGGCGUCUCUCGCGGAGGCCGAGCUUGCGUGGCGCCGCCCGGUUCCUCCGCCGGGCCAGCAGCCGUCGGAUUAUGCGGGAGCCGUCGAUGCUGGUGCGGGAGACUGCGGCGGAGCAGCUGGAAGAGCGGCAGAGCGACUGGGCGUACUCAAGACCUGUUGUUGUUCUCGAUAUCGUGUGGAAUCUGGCAUUCGUCAUUGUUGCGGUUGCUGUUCUGGUGAUGAGCAGGGAUGAGUCGCCGUUGAUGCCUCUAAGGCUUUGGAUUGUGGGGUAUGCUCUGCAGUGCAUUCUCCACAUGGUCUGCGUUUGUAUUGAGUAUAGGCGCCGCCAAGUGUCGCCAGAGGAGCAGAGUGGGAACAGGAGUGGAGGGAAUUCAGGUUCAGGUAGGAGGCAGGAUGUGGAAGAAGCUGGUGAAUAUGAUGAUUCUGAGCUGAGUCAGAAUGAAGAGAGGACAAGUGUUGCAAAGCAUCUGGAGUCUGCAAAUACAAUGUUUUCAUUCAUAUGGUGGAUCAUUGGAUUCUAUUGGGUAUCUGCUGGUGGCCAAACUUUGACCCGUGAUGCACCUCAGCUUUACUGGCUCUGUAUAGUUUUUCUGGCAUUUGACGUGUUCUUUGUUGUUUUUUGUGUUGCUCUGGCCUGUGUCAUUGGUAUUGCUGUUUGCUGCUGUCUUCCAUGCAUCAUUGCAAUUUUAUAUGCAGUGGCAGACCAGGAAGGAGCAUCCGAUGAAGAUAUACGCCAGCUUCCAAAAUACAAAUUCAGAAAGGUUGCUGAUUGUGAGAAACUUGGUGAGAUAUCAGGACCUUCUGGUGGAAUAAUGACAGAGUGCCGAACUGAAAUGCCCAUCGAACACGUUCUUUCUGCAGAGGAUGCUGAAUGUUGCAUCUGCCUUUCUGCUUAUGAAGAUGGGGUUGAGCUGCGAGAGCUUCCAUGCACCCAUCAUUUUCACUGUGCCUGCAUAGACAAGUGGCUAUACAUCAAUGCUACUUGCCCGCUCUGCAAGUAUAACAUCAUAAAGAGUGCCAGCCAUGGCAGGGAAGAUGUGUAAUGGGCAGUUCUUCUGUCCUGCACCCGUAACAGUUCUUCUGACGCUAUGUACUUGUGCAUGCAUGUGUGGGCAUCCAUCAGCUCAUGGUGUGCCGAUAUGCUUGCAGCUCUUAUAGGUCUCCUGUAACUCAUGUUUGCAUGCGUUUGUGUCGUGUGCACUGAUACAGGUAUGAGGUAGUAGUGUCUAUGUGUAUGUGUUAUUUGUUUGUAUACAUGCAUACGUGUAAGUGGAUUUUCUAGGGAACUGGUCAUCACAUGUUCUGAAUUAGGCUGCCUUAACUGUACGAGGAUUGGAGAGUGUUUGUGCCGGUUUUAAUCUUCAAAUCCCAGUUGUAUGCUUUCAGUCUCUC